ACUUUACUAUUAACAAUCAUGAUGAAUAACAAUACUAAUAAAUCUCCUAUGAAAGAAUCUCUUGAUCAAUUAUAUGAAGUAUUUUUAUAUAAGAAGAAGGAUAUAAUAGCGAUUCAUAUGAGUUGUUGUUAGACUUGGUGGGAGAUAUGUUACCAAUACAGGAGGAACUCAACAUCGAAGGCAAUCCCAUUCUAGAGGUGGAACUUAUGAGUUAUAAAGCUUCUACGGAUAUUUCAUAUAGAGAAAUAUAUAAUUUGCUUUUAUACCUGGAAGAGGAUAUAAUAACAAUUCAGGAUGAACUCGGUAUUAUUGGUUAUUCUAAUCAAGAAAGGGCAGAAGAAGUCGAUGAAAAAGCAAGAGCAUAUCUCCAAAAGUUUGAGGAAUUCCACGGUCCAUUAGAAGAACUCCGCUAUUUCCAAAGCUCUCUCCUCAACAAUUGCACGAAA